AUGAAUAGCCACAAUUAUCUGAAAAAGUCUGAGUUUCUGUGGCUCCUCAAGAUAUCAGUUUUAGUCUUAGGACUUGGCACUGUUGUAUUUAUGUUCAGAAGUGUGGAAUUCAAUAGCAUCAUGCCAGAGCUCCCGCAUUCUGCUCUGAAUGACCAGACACUGAAGCUUCUACCUGAGGAACAUCUCAAAAACCUCUUUACCUAUGAUGGAAUCUGGCUGUUCCCGAAAAACCAGUGCAAAUGCGAAGCUACCAAACAGAAGAGAAGCUAUAAUUUUCAGGAUGCCUAUGGCCACAGUGAGCUCCCUGCAGUAAAAGCAAGGAGACAGGCUGAAUUUGAACACUUUCAGAGGAGAGAAGGGUUGCCCCGUCCACUGCCGCUGCUGGCUCAGCCCAACCUCCCCUUUGGGUACCCGAUCCAUGGGGUGGAGGUGAUGCCCCUGCACACGGUUCCCAUCCCGGGUCUCCAGUUUGAAGGACCAGAUGCCCCCAUCUAUGAGGUCACCCUGACAGCUUCUCUGGGGACACUGAACACCCUCGCUGACAUCCCAGACAGUGUGGUGCAGGGCAGAGGCCAGAAGCGGCUGACCAUUUCCACCAGUAACCAGAAGCUUUUGAAUUUCAUCCUCCAGCACAUGACAUACACCAGCACAGUGUACCAGCACCACAGAGUGGAUGUGGUGAGUCUGGAGUCCAAGUCCUCAGUGGCCAAGUUUCCAGUGACCAUCCGCCAUCCUGUCAUCCCCAAGUUAUAUGACCCUGGACCAGAGAGAAAGCUCAGAGACCUGGUGACCAUUGCCACCAAAACUUUCCUCCGUCCCCACAAACUCAUGACUCUGCUCCAGAGCAUUCGUAUGUACUACCCAGACUUGACAGUGAUCAUAGCUGAUGACAGCAAGGAGCCCCUGAAGAUUACUGACAACCACGUGGAGUAUUACACCAUGCCCUUUGGGAAGGGUUGGUUUGCUGGUAGGAACCUGGCCAUAUCUCAGGUCACCACCAAAUACAUUCUCUGGGUGGACGAUGAUUUUCUCUUCAACAACAAGACCAAGAUUGAAGUGCUGGUGGAUGUCCUAGAGAGAACAGAACUGGAUGUGGUAGGUGGCAGUGUGCUUGGAAACGUGUUCCAGUUUAAGCUGUUGCUGGAGAAGAGUCAGAAUGGGGACUGCCUUCACAGGAGGCCAGGCUCUUUCAGGCCCUUGGACGACUUCCCCAACUGCGUGGUGACGAGUGGCGUUGUCAACUUCUUCCUGGCCCACACAGAGCGACUCCAGAGAGUGGGCUUCGACCCCCGCCUGCAGCGAGUGGCUCACUCAGAGUUCUUUAUCGAUGGGCUCGGGAGCUUGCUCGUGGGAUCAUGUCCAGAAGUGGUGAUAGGUCACCAGGUCCGAUCUCCCAUGGCUGAUCCAGAGCUGGCCAUCCUGGAGAAGACCUACAGUGCAUUCCGGACCAACACCAACGACCAGGUCCAGUUCAAGCUGGCUCUCCACUACUUCAAGAACCAUCUCCAGUGCUCCACAUGAGGGUGCCCAGGGAUCAGAAAUGCUCUAGACUUAUUGGUUGUGGGUGUCUAGGACAGCAGAACUGGUGGUUGGGCUACCAAAAUAGGGACUCCCGAUGAGAUGAAUGUUGUAAAGAACAAGCCAGAGUGGGUAGGACAGAUGAGUCGGGCUCAGUGACUAACAAUUUCCAUCAGAGACUUAGGGUCAUUAGAAAUGGACCAAUCCCUGAGAAGGGCAACAGAGGCC